AUGGCGUACACGAAGUUCUAUCAUGUCCUUUCCUUCUACCUGGCCACCCUCAUCGCCAUUUACGAGUUCCUUCUUUCAGUCUUGCCUUAUAUUUUGAAUCCUGCUUCGAUCCUAAUCGCUUUUGCAGAUGCAUUUUUAGAUUUGUACUUCAGAUUUUGUGGUCUUUCUCCUUGCACUAUUGAAUUAGAUGAACAAACCACCAUGCAUUUUUGGUCUUCUAAUCCUAGAAGAUCUAACAAGCCUGAUCUACUGAUGCUUCAUGGCUAUGGUGGCAAUUCCAAGUGGCAAUUCAUGCAUCAAGUCGGCUCACUCUCCCGGACUUUCAAUUUAUACGUGCCUGAUCUACUCUUUUUUGGCAAGUCAUACACAAAAAUGUCCGACAGGACGGAGGUGUUCCAAGCAAAAUGUGUAGCAGAAGGGUUGAGGAGACUAGGCGUCGAAAGGUUUGGUGUGUACUCUAUAAGCUAUGGAGGGUUUGUGGCAUAUUGGCUGGCGGCGAUGUAUCCGGAGGCGGUGGAGAGGCUGGUGAUUGUGAGUUGCGGGAUAGGAAUGACAGAGGAGCAGAAGAAAGAUCAGCUCAAUAAGAUUGGACGCAGUGCAUUGAAGCUCCUUGUACCUGAAAGUGCUCAUGAUCUAAGGGGCUUGGUGAAUAUUUCAAUGCACAAAGCCACUCCUGUUAAGUGGGUUCCCGAUGUUGUCAUCCGUGGAUUUAUCAAUGUGACUUAUGAGAAAAACAGGAAGCAGAAACUAGAGAUGGCAGAGUACUUGCUGAGGGAAAAAGCAGACCUAAACCUUCCCAUUUUGACUCAGGAAACACUGAUAAUCUGGGGUGACAAGGAUGCUGUCUUCCCUGUGAACUUGGCCUAUGAGCUGCAAAGGCAUUUGGGACCAAAAUCAAAGGUAGAGAUAAUCAAGGACACAGGUCAUGCAGUGAAUAUGGAUGCACCCAUUUCCCUGAAUGCACUGAUAACAUCAUUUGUUUUGGGUGACAGAUUUGAAUCAUCAAAAUAGGUUUUUGGUUGUACUUUUUUUUGGAUGUUCCACUUAGUAUAUGUAGUUCCAUUAUAUUGUACAGAUUUCCCAUCCUCUAUGUACUCAACUACUCGUGUAUUUCCAAUUCAUCUCUAUCAUCAUGGCAUGUCUUGCUUUGGCAU